ACGAUAACCAGCCCGUCAAGCACGAUUAUUAUUGAAGAUAACGAACUACCCCCAAGCUGGCGGCCAACCGAUUCACAAGUCCAAAGAAGAUCUCCACGCACAUCUCUUAGGAUCCUGAUCGAACCAACCGAUGCUACGAGUGGUAGAAUAGAACCAUCACGCAAACGCAAAAGGGCCAAAGGAAAACAACGUGAUACUCUGGAUACCUGUUUUAAGAAGCUGCGUAAGACACUUGACGAAGAAGUUGAAAGUCUCGAUCAAGAAGUUGAAAAGCUGCAAAAGCAAGUCCAGGAACUUCAGGGCAAGCUUCUCCUACAGGAAGAGCGGCAUCAAGAGGAACUUCAGAGCAAACUUCUCCUACAGAAAGACCAGCAUCAAGAGGAGCUUUCUCGAAUACGCAUUCUGAACUGCAACAUUUGCUACGAGCAGCCGGAUCGUUGGCAUGCACGGGCAUGCGGGCAUUUGAUUUGUGAGGCAUGCGAAGAACGGCUUGAUCGAGAUCCAUGCCCUGUGUGUAGAAAAGAAUUUUCGGGGUUUAUCAAAUGCUUUCCAUUUGCAGGAUAG